AUGAGCCAGCAGCAACUGCCCAACAUUGCCCCGCCCCUCCUCUCACCCAUAUCCCCGCUACCUCCUCCAAGCGCCGCCGCCCGCCCCCCACCACCCCCUCAUCAAGCAACGGCGCAGACCCCCGCCGUCAUCCUCGCGCCGCUGGCCCCGGCCCCACCGACGCCAGUAGCGCACACCCCGCCGCAGCGGCCCCCACUGGCAAAGUUCAGUACGCCGCAGCCACACGUGUACGCCGUGCCGGCGCUACCGCUCAAGCCGGCCCACUCGUCGGUGCCGGGCACGUCGACGGCGAGCCCGCGCCUCGCGGCACACCUUUCUCCGUCGCUCUCUGGCCGGCUCGAGCCGCUCCGCUCGCCCCAGCUCAGCCCGAUCCCGCCGCUGCUCAGCCCGCUGCCGAGCCCGUAUGUCGCGGCGCAGCUCGCCACGCCUAGCCCGCCGAUGCGGCCCCUGGGCUAA